ACUAAAUUAGUACCGCCAAAAAUCGUGCCGCUUUUUUUCACAAAGCGUUAUCACUUUUUCUUCUUUACAAUAAAAUUCUACAUCGUGUUUCCGAUACUUGUCCAUCCAUUUUAUUAUAUACCUAACCUAACUUUUUGUGUUAUUUAAUAUUUUGUUUUUAAACAGCAUUGUCAUAAUUCGUUUAUUCAAAAACACUAGUGAUUGGAUAAUUGUAUGCAUAUUGCAUAUUAGUAGAGCAUUCAUAGAUAUUAAAUUUAAUUACGUGAAACAUUAUUAUGAACAAACUUCUAGGUGUAAAUACUUUGAAUAAUUCUCAAUGUUCAAUUAGUGAUUCAUUUAAUAGGCAGCAUGAUGCAUUAGAGGAUGAAGAGUCUGAAGAGUCUGAAGAGUCUGAAGAGUCAGUUAUUACAACUGAUCCUUCAGAUGAUCAAAUUUUAAAUGAUCUAUCUGCCAGAACUCAAAAAAUUCAAUUAUUGCAAAACACACUUGACGAUGCUAAUAACUUAACUGAGACACUGAAGAACCAAUUGGAGAAAUCAAGCACAAUAGAACACUUACUAGAACUGUGUGAACAAUAUGUAACACCAUCUAUUUAUAUGUUAGUUAAAAAUGAAUUGUUAACUAAUAAUAAAAAUGUUAAUAUUAUACAGUCUUCAAAAGAUAAGUAUUUCAAGAAACAGCUUGCUUUAACUUUACAUUUUUAUUGUCCAGCACUCUUAAAUUUUCUAAAAACAUCAUAUAAUCUUCCAUCUUUGCCAACUCUGAAAAAAGUCAUUCGUCGAAAUAAUGUGAAACCAGGUCUAAAUGAUUUUGUAUUUAAUUUUAUAAAGUUUAAAUUUAGUAAUUUUAAACUUGACGCUCUAGAUUGUGUUCUUUAUGCAGACCAAAUGUCUUUACAAGCAUACCUUUAUUAUAAUAUUUCUCAGGAUAGUAUAGUUGGGUUCAAUCAAUCAAGUUCACAUAAAACCUAUGAUAAAGCAAAUCAAGUUCUUGUUUUUAUGAUAAAAGGUAUAAAUUAUGAGUGGAAGCAAAUCAUUGCGUAUUAUUUAUUAUCUUGCUGUACCUUUAAAAAUAUAACUUCAAUAGUUUUCUCUGUUAUUCGCCGACUUCGAAGUAUUGAUUUUAAUAUUAAAGCUCUUGUUUCUGAUCAAUCAAAAGAAUUAGUAAGUUUUUCAAAAAUGAUGGAUGUUUCUUCUAAUAAACCUUAUUUUGAUGUCGAUGGUCAAAGAAUAGUAUACAUUUUUAACCCACCUACUCUUUUGAGAACUACCCGUGAUAUGUUUUAUGAGCAUUCUCUCUAUGUUAAUGAUGAGGUUGUAGAAAAAAAAUAUCUAGACAUGUACUACAAUGAUGUGUCUAAUUCUGAUCUUUGUUCAACGGUAGAACUUACACACAAACCUAUUCAUCCAGGGCCUUAUGAUGAGAUUAAUAUCAGUCUAGCAACACAAGCAUUUAGUUGCGGUAUAGCUGAAAGUAUGUCUGUAGCAAUGAACAGAGGAAUUUUGCCCUUAAGUGCACAACCAACAAUUAAUUUCAUUAAUAAUAUGCAUAAAUUAUUUGAUAUUUUCAACAAUCCAUAUAAAAAUACUACCCCUCAAAAAGAUUUCUUAUUUUUAAUGACUGAGUUAUUUAAAAAAAUGACAGUAAAAGAUAAUUCUAAUAAAUUAGAUAUAACAUCUAAUAUAGAAUUCAUAAGUGGGUGGUUGGUUUCAAUAAGUGGCUUAAAUAUGUUGUGGGAAACUCUUGAUCCAACUAUUAAUAGAGAAUAUUCUUUGUGCACUCAUUGGUUGAAUAAAGAUUUUUUGGAUAGUUGGUUCGCUAAACCAAGAAGAUCAAAUGUUAAAAAUUUUAAACUUACCUCCAUACAAUUUGUUCAGACAUUUCAAAAAUUGUUUUACAAAGAUUAUUUUGAAUAUUGCCCCAAAGAAAAUUUGAAACUAGAUCUUGAUCAAAUUAUAAGUAAAAUAAAUGACCUACCUUUAUCUAAUAACAUUUUUUAUGUAACAAAUUCUCAACAACAUAAUCUUUUUAAAUGUUCUCCAAUUGUUAUUGGCACGGUAGAUUAUAGAUAUUUAAAAAUACCAGAGAAAAAUAUUUUACUAUAUAUCGGUGGGUAUUUAAUGUUUGAAUGUUUAAAGAAACAUAAUUGUGAAAUUUGUAUCAAUUAUGCCUAUUGUCAAAACACAAUAGUCCAAUCUUUAUAUGUAUCAUUCUUACAAUCUUAUUCUGAGAACUCAACUUCCACAGAAAUAUUAUACCAAAACAAUUUUCUAGAUUACAUUAAGGGCUUAGAAUAUAUUUUUGUAGCUACUUUUCCAGCAGUUUCAAUAAAAGAUAAUGUUGGGUUCCUAUUGAAAGAUAGUUUAUGCAAUGUACAAUUUAAUCAUCCUUGUAAUCAUUUUGACAAAACAUUCUUGCUUAAUUUAUAUAUUCGCUUAAGAAUUUUUAUUACUAUUAAGUUUUCUAAUAAGAUAACACCACUUGAAAAAUUUACAUUGUCGACCUUUACAUAAUAAUUAUAUAAUUUAAUUAAAAAAAAAAAAAAAAAUGUUUAUAUUUAAAAGUAUGUUGUCAUUCAUUUUUUUUUCUAUAACUUAUUGACUGUAUUUUAUUAAAAUGUAUUUUUAAUUUUGUGACUGUAUUAUGGUAAAUAAA